AUGUCGGCGUCGAACAAGCGCGCGUUCGUGUUCACGUGCCUGGGCCUCGGGUUGGUGUUCGCCGAUCAAAAUUUGUUAGCGCCGAAUUUGACCGCCAUCGCGAACGAUUUGAAUCUGUCGCCGAAUGAGCGGGACUAUAAAUUAGGCGGGCAGAUCGCGUUCGCGUUCUUCUUGCUCGGCGCGCCGGCGGCGGUGUUGAUCGGGUCGAUGGCGGAUUACUAUCCGCGCACGAAGCUCUUCGCGUGGACGAUGCUGUUGGGAUCGUGCCCCAACGUCCUGGCGUGGAUGCCGGGGGUGACGACUUUUGGUCAGUUGUAUUGGUUGCGCGCGCUGACGGGAAUCGCGGUAGGCGGCGCGGCGCCGUUGACGUACUCCUUAAUGUCAGACUUAUUUCCGCCGAGCGAGCGGACGAAGAUGAGCGCGGUGACGGGGCUAUCGAUGACGCUCGGGAUCGUCUGCGGGCAAGCGAUCGCGGGAUUUUUGGGGGAGUCGUACGGCUGGCGCUUGCCGUUCGCGGUGGUGGCGAUUCCGGCGAUAUGCGUGGCCAUGGUGCUGAUGUUCUUUGUCGAGGAGCCCGAGCGCGGGGCGAUGGAGGCGCCGCCGGACGAGGAGGCAAGUCUCGAGCAAGACGCGACCGCGGCGAAGAUGUAUGCGCGAAAGUUGCACGGCAUCGUCUCCGUGCGCACCGUGGCGUUGUUCUUGGCGCAAGGCGUGUCGGGUUGCGUGCCGUGGAGUAUGAUCAACACGUUCUUCAACGAUUACUUAGCGCAAGAUAAGGGGUUAGGUGUGAAGCAGAGCACGUCGAUGCUGAUUUUAUUCGCCGUCGGCGGCAUGUUAGGGACGAUUUGGGCCGGGUGGUACGGCCAAAUUCUUUUCAACAACAAACCGGAGAACGUAUCGAUUUUCAUGGGAUCGAGCGCAAUCGUGGGGGUGUUCCCGGUGGCUUACUUGGUGUUGGCGAAUUACGACAACUCCGCGUCCGACAUCGCGAUCAAGUCGAUCUUAUCCUUUAUUUCGGGAGGCAUCGCUUCGUGCGUCGGCGUGAACAUUCGAGCGCUGUUGCUCAACGUCCUGCAUCCCAUGAAUCGCGGCACCGCGUUUUCCCUCUUCAUGCUCACCGACGAUUUAGGCAAAGGAUUCGGACCUCUCGUCGUCGCCGGCUUCGUCGCCGCGUUCGGUCGCGAGACGGCCUUUUUCAUCUCGGUUUUGUUCUGGAUUCCUUGCGGGUGUCUUCUCGCCGCCUCGUGCUACACGCUGAAACGAGAUUUACAAACCGCCGCUGCGCGUUACCAAACAGAACGCGCCGAAGAAAAUCGUUCGGUUCGAUUGGAUUAG